AUGUCCGCCGCACGUAUUGUCCCAGCUGUCAGGUCCCGAGUGGCCACUUGCGUUGCCCCGACUUCAGUGAGCUUGCGAUCUAUCUCAACGACCGCUAGAUUGGAGAAGGGACCUGUGGACGCCACCAAGGAUACCCUGAAGGCAGCCGACCGGGUGGUAUCCGACGCAGCAGUUAAGGGUAUUGACCUCGGAAGAGAUGCUAGCCAGAAGGUCAAGGAGACCGUGGGUACCACAAGUUCAGAGGCCGAGUCAAAGGCCAAAUCAGUCAAGGGUGAGGCGGAGGAGUACAUGGGCAAGGGCAAGGGACAGGCCGAGGAGCUAGCCGGGAAAGCCAAGGGAAAGAUGCAUGAGAUGGAAGGCAAGGCCAAGCAGGCUAAGCGGGAGCAUCUGGGUUGA